AUGUUGCGCACCAUCUCUGCCCGCCUCGCUCCCCGCACCAUCUCCAGAAUCGCUCCCCGCGUUGUUGUCAGCAGGGUUGCCAACUACUCGUCUGCUGCUGCCGACAAGUUGGAUGCUCCCGGAUCGAGCAAGGAUGUUGACCCCAAGAUUGUUUCGAUUGUGGACCAGAUCUCUGGAUUGACCCUUCUUCAGACCGCCGACUUGGUUUCCUUGUUGAAGACCCGUCUCAACAUCCAGGAGAUCUCUAUGCCCGUCGGAGGUGGAGCUGCCGCUGCCCCUGCCGCCGCCGCCCCUGUUGAGGAGGAGAAGGUUGCUGAGAAGACCGAGUUUGCCGUCAAGCUCGAGAAGUUCGAUGCUGCUGCCAAGGCAAAGUUGAUCCGUGAGAUCAAGAACAUCAUCCCCGGCAUCAACCUGGUCGAGGCCAAGAAGUUUGUCGAGGGAGCACCAAAGGUCGUCAAGGAGAACUUGAACAAGGCCGAUGCUGAGAAGUUGAAGAAGACCCUUGAGGAUUUGGGUGCCACUGUCUCAUUGGAGUAA